AUGUCCAACUCGUACUAUCCCGCCUUGGCGCGCCCUCAUGUGGACGUAAUUCGCGAAGAAGUGGUCUCCGUGUCUCCCGAGGGGGACAUUUCCACCAGCGACGGAACCACGAGACGAGUGGACGUCAUCAUUUGUGCGACGGGGUACGAGCAAAUGACGACGCACUGGUUCAAUCCGGUCAAAAUAUUUAUAAAAGAGGACGAAAGUGAAGAGGGCGAUGGGAUUGAUGUCACCAAAGGGUUGAGAGAAGACGCAAACUUUUAUCUCGGCAUAAUGACGGAUACCUUGCCAAACAUGUUUUUCCUCUACGGGCCGCAUUCGAUUAUACCCCAUUUUUCUGCCGUUUUUUGUAUCGAAUAUCAAAUGAGCUGGAUUGUCACGGUGCUCAAAAGGAUGCGGAAUAUGGUCAAAGGGGAAGUUGCGAAAAAUGGGGGCAGCCAGAAUGUAGUUGUCCGUGUAAAGGAAUCCGCCCAGACGGAGGAUGUCCGAAAUGUCCGGAAAGAGAUGAAAUAUGUUGCACAUGGCGGAUCUGUAGCCUGCAACGGUUGGGUCGUGGACAGAAAGACGGGCCAGAAUAUCUCCACUUUUUCCGGAAGUGCAAAAGAUUUUUGGUGGAAGUGUAGACGUGUGAGAUUUGAAGAUUUGGAGUUUAAUCUGACUCCAAGUUAA